UGAGAGGUCGGUUCUUGUUCUGGUCUGCACCGUUACAGUAUGCAGCGGACCCCUCUUGAGAGAUCUACUGACACCCCUUCCUCCGGCAUGGCAAACAUCACAUCUGCCCAAUGGCAGGCCAUGCUGGAUGCAGCAGAUGAGAGCAAGAGACCGUUCUUCCAGAAACAUUAUGCUGAUGCAGUACAGAGAGAAAGGGAGGUAGAGGCAGCAGCUAGAGUUGCCAACAUUGUUGAUCAGGUGGCUCUACUUCGGAUCCCGGAAGCCAAUGCUGACCGGUUCCAUGAGGGACUAGCUGCUGCCGUAGCAGCCUUGGUUCGGCUGCGGACCUUGGAAAACCUUGAGUCCCGUGUAGCAGCACUAGAGCAGCAGAACCAAGAGCUGCAGGCUGAGAUAACCAGCCUCAAACAGUCUCAACUGUCUGCCCCCCGCCCUCCUAACCCUCGAUCUGUUGUAAUCCUAGUGUCUCAGUCCAACACAGUCCUCGUGCCAAGGGUCAGUGGAACUGUGGCAAACGCAGGAACCGGUGUCAGUUCCUCGAGCGUCAACGCCGACAGUUCUGCGCUGGUCACAGUCCCCAAUGCAGGGAAAUCAGCCCAAAACGCCACAGUCUUUAUUGGCAUUCAGUACAGCAGUCCCAUGGUGGACAAGAGGGCGGUCACGCUGCCGUCCAAUGGGAAAGCAGACGUUACCUCUUGGAUUAGCUCCAUGAGGUCAUACUUCAAGGUUUUGCGGACACCGCAAGAGGACCGAAGUAUGAUCAUGGGGACAAAUAUCGAGCCCACCGUACGGAACUACAUUCAGCUCCAAGUUAUUGCUGCAGGCUAUGAACGAAUAGACCUGACCGAGUGGCUGAAGAUAACCCCUGUACGCACCCUUGAGGACCUUCUCCUUGCACGGUACCAAGACAAGCAUGCUGCGCUCAAGGCUAGGCUAAAGCUUGAGGCCUUGAAAGGCCAAACAUGGAGGUUCUUCAUGCACGCUUUAGAACAGCACUUGACUGGUCUGUUCACCACUCCUGAUCUGGGAAUGACUAACGUGUCUUGUAUGGAUGUAGUCAUGGGAGUGGCCCCUAAGGAAUAUCUCUCCUUGUUGGCACUCAAAGACCUUACCACGUGGCGAGAGCUCAUGACGGAUCUAGUCAACCUAAAGGCCAAAAACCUCGCCAGGCGGAAGAAGGCGUCCGUUGCAGGGAAACAACAAAAGGGCGUAGAGGACUCCUCAGCACUCCCUACAACAAGGGAAGCUGGAACAUCAGUUGCAAGCCCUUCUGAUGAGCCUGAAUCUGAUCAACAGACCACUCUUGAAGCCCGAAACGAUGCUGAAUCCAAGGCUGCUGCAAUUCAUGCAUUAUACAAAGAGCCUUGGGAGGAGUCUAAGGAAGUUGACUUCCACACUCACAUGGAACAUUGGCUGCAGCUCAAGCAGCAGGGCCGUGUUCAAGGGAGUGUGGAGCUAACCUUCUUUAAACUGCUCAUUAAUCGCCGAUACAUCCGCGUGCUGAUUGAUAGUGGUUCAACCACUAACUUCUUUUCUCCUAACGGGAUUCGUAAGGCGGGCCUGGGAAUGAAGCAAGUGGAACUGCAGAACCCUUGUCAGACCCAGGUGGGAAACCAAGAGGUUGUCACCUCUACACAUGUUGUCAAAGGUGUGCGCGUCACCUUUGACAAGGACCGCACUGUCACACAUGAGCUCAACUUCUACGUCAUGGACAAGUGUCCGUUCGACGCGGGCAUUGGCUUGGGCUGGUUAAAGGCUCAUUGCCUAAGGACCACGUGGGCGGACAACCAGUUUGUGGUGCGUGAUGCCAAGGGGAACGAGCGUACCGUCCUAUUGGAUGAGACGCGCGAGUCCCCUGUGACUCUUCUAAAUGCAACCAAAUUCUGCAAAUCAGUGCGCAGGCGCAAGGAGAUUGAGUUUGUACAUAUAGCUCUUGUAAAACCUCUCCAUGUGCCUUCUACUUUUGCUGCAUUUCCUACCUCGGAAAGUAACUCCGCCUCUACUACUUCUACUUCUGUUCCACCUACUUCUACUGUAAAUAAUCAACCUACUUCUGAACCAAAUACCUCGAAACCGGUUGUGAUUGCUGUAAAUUCUCAAUCUGAUUUUCUUUCCCCUGAUGAGAAUGAUCCUCCACCGGAAAUCCCAGCAAACAUUCGCUAUCUAUUAGAUCGAUUUCCUGAAGUCUUGGUUGAACCUCGCGAAGUUCCCGAGCGUCCAGUCAAACACAAAAUCGAGAUAAUAGAAGGGAGUGUUCCUCCAAAGGGCUGCGUCUACCGUAUGGGACAAGGCGAGUUGGAGGAGUUGCGGAGACAAAUCGAUGACAUGAUUGACCGUGGGUGGAUUAGGCCUAGUGAAUUUGAGUUUGGUGCCCAUGUCUUGUUUGUACCAAAGAAAGGAGGCAAACUCCGGAUGUGUAAUGAUUAUCGUGGCCUGAAUCGGAUCACAAGAAAGAAUGUUUACCCUUUGCCUCGCAUAGAUGAUUUGCUAGAUGCGGCAGGUGGAUGCAAGGUCUUCUCCAAGAUCGACCUCAAGUCUGGCUACCACCAGAUUGAAGUUGAUCUGAGCGACCAACAUAAAACUGCGUUCAAGACUCGCGAUGGGCUGUACGAAUUCAUCUUUAUGCCCUUCGGUCUUACGAAUGCACCUGCCACAUUUUAGUGCCUCAUGGACAAGGUACUCCGCCAUCAGCUUAACAGG